AUGGCUAGCCCUUCCCACCCAGCCACCAUGGAGCCUCCAUUAAAAAAGCAGAGAACCUCUUCAGACUCUCUUCCUUCCUCCAACAACACCAGCGGCAGUGUAAUGGCAGCUCAGCCAACUUCAAGCACCGAACACAGCAAAGACUCCACAAUCACCAUGGACAAUCCAAUUCUUCCUGCCGCGACUCGAGCGGUUAUCUCCGAUACUGGUUUUCAGCCUGAGAAAGAAAUCGCCGUUGGUAUCACGCACUUUGUCAACAGCGAGAAUCCUGGUUUCCAAGGCGUUCUGAAGCAAAGAUAUACCGAUUUCUUGGUCAAUGAAGUCAUGCCAGAUGGCACAGUGGCGCACCUCACUGAUGACAAGGCAAUUGAUGCCAAAACCUUCAGGACGCCACAAAUCGCUCCGCAAGAACCAGUCCAGUCUCUUCACAAGGACGAGAAGGAGAAUGCUAAGAGUGAGCCAUCUUCGUCAACUGCUACCAAUGGUGGCGCCGAGAAGGACAAUGCUAUCAAGGAAGAGGUUGCAAUUGCGGCACCAAACCCAUCUCCCGCUGCUGUCAUGGCCGAUGCAGAGGGCGACGAGUCAAGCUUAGGCCACGUUGAGAGCACUGAUACCACUACCACCGCCUCAGUACAGACUCCCACAGCUAAGAACGAAGAAUCCAGUACUUCGAAAGAAGUCUCUAACGGAGUCUCUGGAGAUGCUGCUGCUGUAUCUGCCUUUGUCAUUUCCCCGGAUGACGAUAAGUUCCUUGCCGAAAACCUUGGUGCCAACAUCAAAGAUGAAAUUCUCAAGCUCCAUGCGCAAAUAUUAGCCAAGCCCAAUGCGAAAGCAGCAAGCUUCGGCUCAGUAACCUCUGCUCCAUUCACCAACAGAGUCCUUCGUGGCACCAUCCACCAAAAAACGAAGGAGAUAUUCAACUUCAAGUUGGACACCAAGUCAACCCAGAAUGGUGAAAUCGAGUUUUUUGCACGAGGAAGAGACCCAAGCUGGAACAACAACAAUCAACAAACAAACCAAAAUUCAAAGCCAAAUCCCCGCCAGAACAAACCGCAAGGUCAACCUUCUGGCAAGCUAGGAUGGGAAGAGCGUGGUGGUCAGUAUCUUCAUUUCAGCCUUUAUAAGGAAAAUAAGGACACAAUGGAGAUUGUCACCGGCUUGUCAAAGAGCUUACACAUCAAGGCGAAAGACUUCAACUUCGCUGGUACCAAGGAUCGUAGAGCUGUGACGGUUCAGCGAAUCAGUGUCUUUCGCCAGUUGGACACCACCCUCGCAAAAUUAAACCAGCAACUCUGGGGAAAUUCUGCUAUUGGCAACUACAAGUACGAGAAGCAUCCUCUCGAGCUUGGGGAACUGAAAGGCAACCAAUUCCACAUCACUUUGCGCGAUUGCCAUUUCGGUGACGAUGCAGGUUUAGAUGCAGAGACUAGGUUGCAGCUGGGCAGGAAAGUAGUUGGUGAGGCUGUCAAACACUUGCAACACCAUGGUUUCCUUAAUUACUUUGGUUUGCAGCGAUUUGGUACAUUCGGUAUCGGUACAGAUGAGAUUGGCCUCAAACUCCUCCAGAAUAACUUCAAGGCUGCAUGCGAUGCAAUCUUGGAGUACAAUGAGGAUGCUCUCUCGGCUAACGGCACCGAGCCAAACGACAAAGCUUCGAAGGAUGACUACAACCGCGCCAAGGCAAUCAAAAGCUACAGAAACGGCCGUCCUGCCCAUGAGGUUUUGGAUCUGAUGCCAAGAAAGUUCUCAGGCGAGAGUGCCGUUAUCAGACAUUUGUCCCAGCGAGGUCGUGACAAAGAUUACAGUGGCGCAAUCAUGUCUAUCCAUCGCAACUUGCGCACAAUGUACGUUCAUGCCUACCAAUCCUUGGUAUGGAACUUUGUCGCUAGUGAGCGCUGGAGCAGAUACGGCUCGAAGGUCACCGCUGGCGACUUGAUCAUCGUAGAUUCUAAGAAAGCUACUGAGGUCAAGGAGGAAAUUGAUGAGAGUGGAGAGGUCAUUGUCCAUGCAGCCGUUGAUGAUUCUUCUCUCACGCGCGAUGAUGUCUACGAGCGUGCCAGGCCACUAACAGCCGAAGAAGCUGAAAGUGGAAAGUUUACCAUCUUCGACAUCGUUCUCCCUACUCCAGGUUUCGAUAUUGAGUAUCCACAGAACGACAUUGGCGACUUUUACAAGCAGUUCAUGGGCAGUGAUCGUGGAGGUGGGCUUGAUCCAGCCAAUAUGCGUCGCAGCAUCAAGGACUUCAGUCUGUCCGGAAGCUACCGUAAACUUAUGGCAGGGUUGGGAGGUGAUUGUACCUUCGAUCUCAAAUUCUACAAGGACGAGAAGGAGCAAUUGGUCGAGACGGACCUAGAAAGGUUGAGAGUGUCUCAGGGAAAGCCUGCUCGUCCUGAACCAUACAGCCAUAAUAAUCGUCAAGAUAACCAGCGCGAAAACUUCGGCGGCCGAGGCGGUCGUGGAGGACGUGGAGGUCGUGGCGGUCGUGGAAGCAAUUCUAGAUACCCAGACCAACGUGAUGAAAUCGCCAUUGCGAAGGCUAGACAUGCGGAUAAUCCCAAUCUGGCUCUCUGGAAAAACGCUGGAAAGACAAUCCCAGCCGAAGAAGCAAUAGAAAACGCCGCUUACGACUUGGAGCGCGCCAACCGCGUACCCAGCAAUGAGCCCGUCAGCGCACCUGUCAUCAAGGAGACAUGGGUACAAACUGACCCAGAAAACUUCAAGAAGCGUACGGGUGUGAAGACGCAGAAGAUCAUUGGUGAUGACGAGGUCGACCUCCCUCUUUCGGAUAAGGAACCACAGUCUCCAAGUAGUAAGACCGAUGUUUCCACUGCUUCGCGCCUUACAGAGGCAGCACCAAAGCGCGGAGCCGAGGAGAUAUCAACUGCUCCUCCUUCACCAGCACAGUCUACCAAUGGCAAGGAUCAGGAAGCGCAGAAGGCGCCAGAGGAGCCUGAGCCAAUGAUCGCUGUGAUUGUGAAGUUCGCCCUUGGCUCAAGCCAAUACGCUACCAUGGCUCUUCGGGAGCUUAUGAAAGCAGGGGGAGUAAAGACGUACAAGCCUGACUUCAGUGGAGGAAGAUGA